AUUUAAUCUUACAUUCAGCCAGGUGCUAAGAUUAUCACAGACCUUUUGAAAGAGGAAAGGAAUAUUCUAAUUAUUAGGAUGUUAAGUAGGACAUUCAGAUGAUCUGGGAGUGAUAAUUUUAAUAAUCUCAGUGAUUCUGAAGAUAUACAUCACUUUGGGAAUUUGGAAGUAAGUGAUGAAAAGUCUUGUACGUGGAAGUCCACAGCGUAUUCAGUACUACAUUUAAAUGUGCAGGUCUUGAAUGGAUUUAUAACAGAACUGGCUCUUUUAUAGACUCAUUUAGGUGAAUCAUAAUGAUCAGCAGCUCUGCUGAGUUGUAGACUGAGUGCUGAAGUCAAAAGCACCUUUGCAGACACCGAGAGGAAAUGGCUGAUCUCAGAAACAAGUAAAAAUUACGAAGUAUUGAACCUUUGUCUUUUAUGUUCUCUUCAUCAUUGACUGAUAAUCAGAUUCAAGCAGGAUCUUUACUCCUUCUUGCUGCUUGUAAGAUGCAAACUACUUUUCCCAUAAAGGGAUAUUGCUCACAGAGCUCCCUCUGCUUUCCAAAUCCCUGAGCUACAGCUGUCACCUGUUUUUAAAGGUCUAUUCCCUUCUCUUUAAAGCCUUUCCCACUUCUGUAUUUUCCCCUUUCCAAAGCAGAAUGUGGCAGAGAGAAAAGGUUGCAAGGAUAAUCAACAAUCUCACAUAACAGUGUACUGUCAAAAUUUUGUCUGAACUGGAGCCUCCUGUGUAGUUCUGUACAAUGUAUAAAGAACAGUUCAAAUAAUAUAGGCAUUUUCAUAGGUGAGCUCUGGAAGUGUUUGAGCAGUGCAUUUUUCUUUCAUAGAUUUGAGAAGCUGAUAAUAAAGCCUUUUGACAAAAGGGGGUGGGCAUAUAUGAUUUCUGAAACCCAGUAAGGGUGAAUACUAUAGAGCUGUUACAGUUCAAGUGAGUAGCAAAUGCUGCAAUGGUCUGGAAGUGAUGCAGGUAUGAAAGAUGUAUAAUUCACAACCUCAGAAUGAUUUAUGCAGCUACCCAAACAACAAGAUAGUUACCUUCCAAAUUAGAUGCACACAACUUAAAAUUAAUUUAGAAUUAAUGUAGGGCUACUUAUUCAGGAUCUGCCACUUUUCAAACAAGAUUUCACCCAACUCUGAAUAACUUGUUUUGGUCUUCCUUACAUAUACCUAUCAUCAUGAGAGAUGUGCAAUCUGUAUGAAAAAAAUUCAAUGACCUCUGACAGAAAGCAUGUUUGGGAUAGUGACCGCCUGUGAGUUUCAAAAUAAGUUCCAUUACAAAUAACCUGGCUUUGAAUUUAGUAAAUGAAUAUUAUAAACCAGGAAAAAUUGUAAUAUAAUUCUCCAUUCAUUCCAUCAGCAAUGAAUUUUUUUUUUGGCAUGAUAUUGCAUUUGUGCUACAUUGACUAUGUGUAUAUAUAUGUAUGUAAUCCUAUAAUUAAAGAUUUGACAGCAGCUUCUGCCAUUAAAUCUUUGCAAUGAGAUGUGAGAAAAAUAUUUCUCUGUGAAUUAAAAACAAUUCAGCAAAGUGGAAACUGGCCGUUUGAAUGCCUGGCUUGCUGUGAUUAUGAUCAAUAUCACUAAUGGAACAAAAAUAUAAGGUCACUGAUUUUCUCCCUCAAGACAGCAGUUUACAUUCACUUUUGUCAUUUCACUUUGCAGUAUUGAAGAUGUCUUGGUGCUGGUUUUAUCUGCCUCUCCAUCUUCUCAUGGCUGCUUGCUUGUGUCAUUCCAUCAAAGCACCCACCAGCAGUUCGCAACAGAGCUUCAAGAGCAACCUCUUCAACUUCUACCACUCUCUAAUUCUUGCCGAUGGUAAGGAAACCACAAUUCACCUGCUGAAGGAUAUCCCUAAAAGGUACUACUUUGUUCUGGAGGAAGGCAGAGCCCUGGCACCUUUCUCAAUAACAGUGACCCCCUGUGAUGUUCCCAUCGAAUGGAGCAUACUUGUGCACAAGGCUUCAGCAAGCUUCCUUGGAAAAGUAGCACAAGGUGACCACGAUACACACGAUGUCUCAAAAGCCCAGAAGGCUACAAGCUUUGUGUCAACCAUUUUCAACUACAAGGGAAAUUCUGUAGAGACUUACAUGGGCAUGUCUUCUCAUUCUGCCCUCUACAUGCUGGAGUUCUUAUCCACCGAGCGUGAUACACACAUCACUGUGUACUUAACAACUGACACAACAUCUGGGCACCUCUAUCCAGAACUGCCGCUGGAUCCACGCUUAGAUGUGAUUGGCACUGGACAUACAACAGUGACUCUGACCUGGAAACACAGUCCCUCUGUCUUGCAACAUAGAGAAAACAUACAGUACUGUCUUCUAGUUAAUGAAAAGCACAAUUAUAAGAGCUUGUGUGCUGCUGAGACUGCGAUCAGAUCCUCUGGAAUGAAACUGCCAGCUACGUUAGCUUUGUCUCUCUCUCCGUACCUUCUUGAGCCACAGCAGGUGAUGAUAUUGUCCAACAGUGAGCUGAGCAUCAUCAACAGAGUGAGCAGUGGGGAAGUCAGGCAGAUAUGCAUGGGUACCAAGAACACUUACACUGUGCCCAAUCUCAGUCCCAGCACUCAGUAUUAUUUUGACGUUUUUGUUGUCAAUCUCCUCACGAACGCCAGCGCUGCUUACACUGGGACAUUUGCAAGAACUCUGGAAGAACCUGAACCUAAGGUGAUGGAGCUGAAAGAUGGGAAGGUGAUUCAGGUUGUCCUGGAUGGAAAAAAGCAGAAAUUCCACACACUGCAGUACCAAGCAAGGCACAAGAAAGUACAAUUUACCUUUCAAUUGUGUCGUGGUCAAGUACGGGUUCACAUAACAAAGAAUGGUAAAACAGUGGCAUCAGAAAACAUUUUGGGACUGAGAUAUUUGUCACUGAAGGGAAAGCUGCUGGACACAUACCUGGUGCAGCUGAGGUCCACAGAGGAAUCUAACUCUUCUGUGAAAGUACAGGUCUCCUCUCAAUUCAACAAGCCCUUAUUCCCACUUCUUCCAGAAAGGUUAAAAAUCAAGUCUUUCAGCAAACUGAGGACCUGCAAUUCCAUCACCAUCGCCUGGCUAGGAACGCAAGAGCAGAGCAAGUACUGCGUGUACAAGAAAAGGAUUGAAGAAGAUCAAGUGUGGAUGGAACUGCGGAGCACAGACAGGUGCUCUGGACCUGAAUCUCGGCACAAGUCAGAGAAAGUGCUGUGCAAGUAUUUCUAUGAUGUCAAUCUCCAGCGAGCUGUCACCACUGAGACCAUCAAAGGGCUGGAUGCUGGGACACUUUACUUGUUUGAUGUUUACCUCAUCGGGCCAUCUGGCAUCCCUGUCAGAUAUCACAGCAAAGUUGUGAAGACCAGGAAAAAAUGCUGAAGGUUCUUCACAAAAUGUUUUGGAAUGAAUGAAGACUUAUCAAAACCUAUGCCAAUCCAUGCCACAGCCCGUACAGUUUAAUAUAUGCUGACAAAAAAAAUCUAAAGCUGUGAGAUUCUGCAGAGGAACGAUCUUAGGUUAGACCAUUACACUUACUUGUGCAUCUUCUCCUGCUUAAGUUUUUCUCAGCUGUCUCAUUCACAUAACAAAAACAGACUUGAAAUAAAUCCAUGUACAUGGAAAUAAAGUACCCACAAUUGCACCCAUGAGAAAUAGAUCAGUUACCUAAAAUGCUUCUGAAAUCCAAUACAAAAGUGAUGGGAAAUGCCUCUCAAGGAGCACACAUCAUUAUUGUUGAAGUCCCACAGAGUUUUCCACUACAUGUAACUCCAUCACUUAAUGAAGAACUGAGAGCCCACAAGUCAAACUGUUUUGAGAAAUCAAACUUCCCUGCUGCUUGAACAGUUUGCAGGGAUGGAGACAAAAAGAAAAAAAGCCGCAGAACUAGGGUCAAGCUGCAACAGCUCUACAGCUUAAGUAGCGCAGGCUGAAAUACUUUCCCUGCUGCCUGCACAUUUGCUUGAUUUUCACUUCUAGAGAGAAACUGUGCUUGGGGACAAAACAUGGGCCAGGAACUGCUUCUGCAUCCAGUUUUGCUGGGGAGCAUACAAAUACAGUGCUGUGCUGCUACCCAUUGAGGAAAGGAAUAAGUAAGGAAUCCUACUAUUUCCUUCCCAGUAAGGAAAGGUUGGUUUUUUUUUUUUUCCAAUCUGCAGCUCCUGAUAUCAAGCCCAUGUCUAUUCCUGUGUGACACCUGUGUGAUAUACUUGCUCUUUACAUUCCCAAUCCAGCCUGUAUCAACGAAUGUGUUGCUUUAGCAAAAAAGUAAAUGUGGUUUUCCUUUUAGAUAUCAUGGAGGGAGAAAUAUUUGUAGUAAAAAGCCUGACAAACUUUUGUCUUUGUUU